AGAAGAAAAUUCUCAACGUCAAAAAGCUUACACUAAGGAAUUUACUUAAAAUAAUCUCUUCACUGCAUGUUUCAAUUGACUCGACAGGUGAUUAACAAUAUGUUAGGGUUGAUUCAUCAAAUUUUAUUGUGGAGCUUAACAAUACACGAUAUAAUAUGAUUAGCUCUUCUCAAUUAAAGUCAAUGCUGAUGUAACGGAGCAAGAAUCAAUUCCAUUUGACGCUGUACUUUCAAGAAAAUUUCCAAGAACAAAGUGCGUCGUGAAAAUCUAUAUACUUCUAUACUUUACAGUUAAACAUCUACUCGAGGAAAUUGCUUUCACGCACGCCUAGACAGAAUCUCUUAAGGUAAUCAAUUAAAGUUUCAAAUCAUUUGAUCAGACAAAAGAUGGCUUCAUCUGCGGAUGUUUUUGGAAUGGCUUGCUUAGCAAUCUUGAUCAUUCUUACUUUGUUUGGAAACACGCUCAUUUGUACGAUUAUACUAAGAAACAGACGACUGCGCAUCAGCUCGAACAUAUUCGUUUUUAACAUAGCUCUUGGUGAUAUAUUGUGCUCUGUAUCAACACUACCUUUGUCCAUUCUGUUUCUAAUGUCACAAGAAAAAUGGCCGCUAGGGUCAGCUGGAUACAUAUUUUUCGAUGCAGCGUGGUUGUUUUUUCUCAUUUUGUCAUUCUUGAACAUCGAAAUCAUCACUUUGGAUCGAUUUUUCGCGAUCACCAAACCAUAUAUGUACGAAUCAAUUGCAACCAACAAAAGGUCAGUCACUCUCUGUGUGUGCAUUUGGACAUACGUCGUUGUGCUUGUUUGUGGAUUAAUUCCUACAUUUCGCUUGGCUGACAAACGCAUAUACGAAUUUCAUAUACCAGGGAAUGUCUACUAUAGCGUCUUGAUAAUUCACGCAGGUUUAACUUGCAUUAGCGUUCCAAUACUAUAUGCUAUCCUCCUUCACCUUGCCAAAAAACAAAAGAAGAAAAUUAUUGAACAAACAAAUAAUCGGACUUCACGACAUUUUUUUCGCGAACUCAGAGCAACAUGGACGAUUGGCUUUGUCAUCAGUCUAUUUAUGCUCGUUUGGUUGCCAUUCCUGAUAAACCAGUUUGUUGAUUUUGAUGAUAUUAACGAUGGUAGAUGGGACUAUAAAAACCGCAUUAUGGCAUAUAUAACGUACUGCAACGGUCCGGUAAAUAUUUUUCUGUAUUCAUUAUGGAAUCGUGAGAUGAGAGGGAUGAUAUUAAAGUUUUUUAGUUUUAAAAAUGCCCAGGAAGCAACUAGGAGACCAAACGAUAGAAAUCAACGUAUUACACUCGUGUAAAUUUGUAUAAUCAAAAGGAAGUUGACCAGCGUCUCACCGUACGUGUCUACGAAUGAAGGACUAAAUGUCAGUUUCCAUCGUUAAAAAUUUGAAAUAAGGUCGAAGAUCAUGUUGAUCGGAAUCGGAGCAGUCAAAUGCAUGGCUCAGAACAGAUUGGAAAAUAACUCUUGAUUCCCGAAAUGCUACAAGAUUCUAACUUGACGUGAAAUUUCUGGGAAUUAUGGUGGUCAGUUGAUCAACACACAUGCAGGAGUAAAUUUAUUCAGCACUAAAAUCGUUGGCAGAAAUGUAACAUGUAUAAAGGACGAUGUUUACAAUAAAUUUAUGUGUUAUUUGAGCGAUUGUAUAUUUGUCGUCAAUCUUCAUUGACUUUGCAUUUACGCUAGUCGUACUUGAAAAUUCAAAAUUGAGUAAAUACACUUAAAAUUAUAUUUUGACAGCACCAUAAACCGCAUAUAUUGGUGUUGAUGAUAACUCAUAUUCUAUAUAAUCAUAAUCAUUUCCUGAGGCUGUAAAGAUGGCUUGCAAUAACAUUUCGAAAACUGUUGACAACGAAACUAGUGAUAUGUUAUUUGAUACCAAAGUUUUAUGAAUAUAACUGUUUAUGUAAUACACGAAA